AUGGCACAUAAUGAUGGUGAUGAUGUUCAUGCUCAUGCUCAUCUUCAUCACCAACCUCAAGACUUACCCCAAGUAUUGGUCAUCCGCCCACCUCUAUCCUUCUCAAACUUCCAAUCUCAGUACUCCCACAAGUUCCAGUUCUUGAAAGCAUGGGAGUCGCCACUUCCUCUAGACCAGUUCUUGACCACCCAUGCAAACUCUGUCCAAGCCAUGCUCUCCACCGUCAGCUACCCAGUCACCGCUUGUGUCCACUGUUUGCUUCCCUCGCUGCGCCUCAUCGUCACACCCAGCGCAGGCCUCAAUCACAUUGACUUGGACGAGUGCCGCAGCCGUGGAAUCCGUGUAGCUAAUGCUGGGAACUUGAAUUCUGAAGAUGUGGCCGAUGUGGCCGUGGGCUUGUUGAUUGAUUUGCUUAGAAAGAUUUCGGCUGCUGAUCGGUAUGUUAGGCAAGGCCUUUGGGCUAGCACAGGCGAUUAUCCUCUUGGUUCCAAGUUGGGAGGCAAGCGAGUUGGGAUUGUUGGACUGGGAAGCAUUGGCUUAGAAGUUGCGAAAAGGCUUGAGGCAUUUGGGUGUAUAAUUUUGUACAACUCAAGGAAGGAAAAACCAUUUGUUUCAUACCCUUUCUAUUCCAAUGUUGUUGAGCUUGCAGCCAACAGUGAUGCCCUUGUCAUUUGUUGUGAAUUAAAUGAUCAAACCCGCCACAUGAUUAACAAGGAAGUCAUGUUGGCAUUGGGUAAAAAGGGAGUCCUAAUCAAUGUUGGAAGAGGGGUUAUUCUCGAUGAGAAGGUAAUGGUGUGGUGUUUGGUGCAAGGUGAGAUAGGAGGUGCUGGCUUGGAUGUGUUUGAGAAUGAGCCUGAUGUUCCUAAAGAGCUCUUUGCAUUGGAUAAUGUUGUGCUGUCACCCCACCAAGCAUCCCUUACUUCUGAAUCUUCCAAGGCUUUAUGUGAACUUUUGGUGGCUAAUUUGGAAGCAUCCUUUUCAAAUAAACCCCUAAUAUCUCCAGUCAUGAAUGAUUGAAUGG